AGGGGAGCCAAUAGGCGGGAGUUAUUCCGGUGGCUGCAGCACGCCAUUACAGGAUUUGAAGCUCCGAGUUGAACAAUGGUUCUCGGCCGCUCCGGCCACGAUUUGUGAAUAUUUCCCGCAUUUAUGGAAGUGAAUUUAUUAGAAAAAUCAUAUAUAUAGCAAGUGGGUGAUCAGGCGGAGGCGUGUAGUGAGUGUGGCGAGUGUGUGUAGUGGUGAAGUGUAUGGUGAGAACUGUGGUAGUGAUGGUGGCGGCGGCGGCCAUGUUGCUCUACCCUCCCCGGGCUCCUCUCUUAUAGCAGCCUCCUGCUCCCUAGGCCUGCCCUGGGCCUGCCCUGGGCCUGCCCUAGGCCUGCCCUGGCCCGCUCCUGGCCCCACGCCCUAGGCUCGGCCCUGGCCACCACGCUGCAGACAUGUAUCCCGCCCCGAGGCCUCCAGGAGCUUUUCAGUUGGUCGCCUCGACGAGGGACGUGAAUACAUCGGGUCCUCCUGCGCCGCCUGCCGGGCCUGGACAACUCAAGUUCACCAUCGCUGAGACCUGCGACCGCAUCAAGGAGGAGUUCAACUUCCUGCAGUCCCAGUAUCACGC